AUGGAACCAACAACCACCACUACUACAACUCAAAAUCAAGAAGUUGAUAAUAUUAAUAAUAAUAAUAAUAAUAAUAAUAAUAAUAAUAAUAAUAAUAAUAAUAAUAAAAAAAUCAAUACAACAAAUAAUACAAAUACAAAUAAUAAUAAUAUAAGUAAUACUACAUCUACAUCUACAAAUACAAAUAAUACUACAAUCCAACCACAAGAACAAUCAUCAUCAUCAUCAUCACAACAACAACAAGCACAACCACAACAACAAGCACCAAAAUCACAUGGUUACCAAAGAAUGUUUAAAAGAUUAUUAUUAAAUAGAUCCACUCAACCAAAAACUAUUGUUCAAGAAAGAGUAAUUGCCUCAUAUAAAGUAUAUGGAUGGUUAAUUAAUUAUGAUCCAGCCUAUGAGUCAACUGCCUUUAGAAGAGAAGUACUUAUUGCCAUUGAUGAAAUUUUCGAUAUUGUUUUGGCCAUCUUAGAUAUGAUGAAAUGUUCAUCAAAUCUUUUAAUUCCAAUCAUCAUUUAUGCCGAUAAAUUUGUAAAUAGAAGCGGUAUUAAACAUAAUCAAUUAUUUAAUUUAUUAUUAACAAGCACUGUUGUAUCAUUAAAAUUCUGGUCAGAAUCAACUCAAGUUAAUAAUGCAAUUAUUGCAGAAAUUUUUAAUUUUUCAUUAAAAGAUAUGAAUCUUAUGGAAAGAAGAUUCCUUACUGGCGUAGAUUACAAUUUAUUUUUAAACUCAACUCAUACUACAAACUUUUUAUUACAACUUUACGAAAAUCAACAUACCUUUUUAUCAUACUUUAAACAUCCAUUCGAUAAUCCACCACAAAUCUUUAUGAUGCCAAUCGAAUUAAUUCAAUAUCAACAAACAUUAGUACAUCAACAACAUUAUGCUCAACUUCAAAUGGUUCAAGAACAACAACUUGAACAAAUUGAACAACAAAAAAAACAAUUACAAAAAUUUCAACAACAACAACAAAUAAAUAAUAAUAUUAAUAAUAAUAAUAAUAAUAAUAAUAAUAAUAAUAACCAUCAUCAUAUUAUUAAUAAUAAUAAUAAUAAUAAUAUUAAUAAUAAUAAUAUUAAUAAUAACCAUCAUCACCAUAAUAAUAAUAAUCAUCAUAAUAAUUAUCAUCCUUAUCCAGUUAAAAAGCAACUCACAAAUCAAAGAUACCAACAACAACAAGCUUUAAAUCAAAAGCAACAACAACAAUCACAACAACAACAACAACAAGAGCUAUCUAAUCCAGGUAGUUAUCAUAUCCAAAUGGUAUCACCAAUGUGUUAA